GUGCCGGCGCCGUUCACUUCCGUGGCGGAGGGAGGGAGGGGUGGAGCCGCGGCGCUGUCCCGGGAGCUCCGGGAUGGUGUUGGCAGCGGCUGCCGGGCCUUGACGCCGCGCUCGGAUUGAAAGCAGCAGUAAUGCUAACUCUGGCAAGCAAGCUAAAGCGGGAUGAUGGUGUCAGAGGACCCCGUGCAUCCAAUCCAGCUGCUGAUUCAACUCGGAGGGUGUCUGUUCGAGAUAAGUUACUUGUUAAAGAGGUUGCAGAACUUGAAGCUAAUUUACCUUGUACAUGUAAAGUGAAUUUUGCUGACCCAAACAAGCUUCAUUACUUUCAGCUAACUGUAAUCCCAGAUGAAGGUUACUACCAGGGUGGAAAGUUUCAGUUUGAAAUUGAAGUUCCUGAAGCUUACAAUAUGGUGCCUCCAAAGGUAAAAUGCUUGACAAGAAUCUGGCAUCCAAACAUCACAGAGAUGGGAGAAAUCUGCCUAAGUUUAUUGAGAGAACACUCAAUUGAUGGCACUGGCUGGGCUCCAACUAGAACAUUAAAGGAUGUUGUCUGGGGCUUAAACUCUUUAUUUACUGAUCUUUUGAAUUUUGACGAUCCUUUGAAUAUUGAGGCUGCAGAGCAUCAUUUGCGUGACAAGGAGGACUUUCGAAAUAAAGUUGAAGAUUACAUUAGGCACUAUGCAAGAUGAUGAAGGGAAAUGGAUGGCAGGACCAUGGCUUCCACACGAGAGUUGUUCUCAACUUCAACAACAACCAAACCAGCCUGGAUUGUACUAGUCCUGUGUCCAUGUUGUACCGAAGAAAAAAACCUAACUUCAUAACUUGUCCAAGGUAAAAGGAGAGUUCAGCAUAAAUACAGCAAGAAAUUGUAUAUGUUGGUUGAAAAAGUUGUUUGCUUACUUUAAAAAAUGUUUACUCUUCUGAACUGUACUGAACUGUAUAUCCUAUUGAUGAGAUAUACUUGAGAAUAUAAAAGAAAUCACUAUUGAAAAUGUCAUUACACUUUUUUUAACUCUUGCCUCGUUUGGAGGGGGGAAAGAAAAAUCAACCAACCAAACAGAAGAGUUACUGUGUUUUUGGAACACUUCAAGUUGGCAAUAAAAUGGUCUCCUGUGAACCAAAUCACAAUAGUGUUGCCUUUGAUGAGCAGAAACAAUACUUUUUCCGUGAGUCAUUCGACUAAUGCUUAGAGCUUGACAGAAUGCAAGUGCUAAAUGAAAUUCUAAUUCUAGCAUUGAAAUUAUUGAUACUUAAUGUAAGUAUGUUUUUGUCACAUGUUUGGAAUGUUUACAUUGUUAUUUUCAGCUUCUGUUUGGGCUACAGUAUUUUUUGUUUCUAUUAAUUGUGUGAAAUAGCUAAAAGAAAUACCAGCUAAUUCAUAACUUCAAUAAGUGUGUAGUAUUAGUAAAAUUAUAUAUCUAUAAUACAUAUUUCUGUAAAAAUGUAAUGAAAGGAAGAUUUUUCUUGUAAGAAGAUAUCUGCCUUUGGCUUUCCAAUCUGGGAUGUGAUGAGGGAGCAUCAGACCCUUCGAUCUGAUGAAGGUAAAUUCAAGCACUGUUACCUGGAGAAUAUCUCAUGGUGUUCUUCAAACUUCUGCACUGGAAGGGAACGACUGAUGACACAGCUGAGGAGAAUAACACACUGCCCCCUCUUUCAAACACUCGUGCACGCCUUGAUUUUUUUGAAGGAUGUGAUUCUCUAAUUGCCUUUCCUGUAAGUAGCUGUGUAUCAAGCUGUGUGUGCAAGCAGAGAUCCUUCAGAGGAGAGUAGCAUGUACCUCACAAACCACUUCAGAGCAAAUGCCAUCAGGAGUCUGCUGCCCGUCGUGCCCCUGUGCCUGGGGAUGCCAAGCAGGAGGCAGUGGUGUAGCCCCAAAGACUGAGACACAUUUCACUGAUGGGAUCAUGCAGAGGAGGUGCAAUGGAACCAUUUCAAGCUUUUACAAAUAGAUCAACCAUAGAAAUAAAAGUACGUGUGGUUUCAUAUACAGA